GAUUGUCCAAAACCAAAAUAUUUCUGAACUUUUACGUUUUGGGGACAAGAUGGAGAAGAAGGUAGCUUUGGUGUUGUCGUUGAUGUUGCUUAUGUCUAUGAACUCGGUGUUGGUUUCGGCUGAGGAAGCAGCACCAACGGUUGGACAGAGGGUAGACACAGCCACGAACGACGUUACCAACUUCUUCAAUGAACAUGCCGGUCCUGCCGCCGAUACGGUCUCCUCUACAGCCAAGUCGGUCUACAACUGGUUUGGUGAUAAAGCCAAGGAAUGGGGCCUCUAAACUAUAUGUUUUAUGAGCGAAGGAUUUGCGGACUUGGGAUUGGAAGCAUUUUCAUGUAUUAGAGUUUGAUAUCCGUGUACUAUUUUAUGUAAGAUUAAAUUAUAAGAAAGAUAUACAAUUUGAUCAAAGAUAAGAGAGACAAUAUUCUAUGUUC